CCACCACUUUCCCUCAGUUCGCGCUUUUGCUCUCAAAUCAGUCAAUUUCUCACGUCUCAGGUCUGCCCCUACAAUUUUGCUCUCUAAUUUUUUUGCUUCCCAAGGGUUCUUCAUUUCAAUUUUAUAAAGCUAUUUGAUUUGUGACCUUCAUGAAUUCAUCUCUCAAUUAACUGCCAAGAUAUGGCUAGAGGCUCUGUAAGUUCCCUGUUUCGAAUUUAUGGUUCUAAGAAAAGCAUAUCUAGGUUUAGGGUUUUGAUCUUGAAUCAAUAUGACCGCUCUGUAUCUCCAAAGUUCACAUCUUUUCAUGCUUUAGCUCCCCAAAAUCAUUCAUUUUCAACUAGCUUAGUGGACCCAGAUGGGCUUAGAUUCAAUUCACAGAAGAACCCUAAAUUUGUGGGGUGUGAUGGUGUUCUUGUCAAGCCAUAUUCGACUGGUAUGGAGGAUGGGGAUGAGGAUGUGAGUGAUAGUAGUACAGCAGUGGUUGAUGAGUUUGAUGUAGAUGCGGGGAAAGUUGUGGGGCUUAGGGUCCCUAGUGAGGAUGAGGAGAGUUGUAGCUCGUCGGAAUCGGAAGAUAGUGAAGGUGAGGAUGAUGCUGUUGUUAGUGAUUUGAUGUUGGAAGAGUGGGGAAAUGGUGAUGAGAAUGUGAGUCCAUUGACAGCGGUGAGCUUUCAGCAUGUUGCGUCGCGUGACCCUGUUGAGCUGUACAGGGAGCUUUGUGAUAGUGAGAAAGGUGCAAAGCUGUCGCGGAGAGAUUGGGAGGCUCUACAAGAUAUUUUCCGGCAUUUUGCGAAAUCAGGUUGGGCAACUGAUCAGGCUCUUGCAAUAUAUAUCGGCAGGUCAUUUUUUCCUAGUGCUGCGUAUAAGUUUCGGAGCUUCUUCAUCAAUAACUGUGGUGCUGAUGUUGCCAAGUAUUUGGUGUCCCUUGGUCAGUCUAAUGAUGCAGUUAAGUUUUUGUUUCCAGUGUUUGUUGAAUAUUGCUUAGAAGAGUUUCCUGAUGAGAUCAAUCGUUUUCGUGAUAUGAUUGCAUCCGCGGAUCUCACGUUGCCCCAUACUUGGUUUCCGUUUGCUCGGGCUAUGAAGCGUAAGAUAGUUUAUCAUUGUGGUCCAACCAAUAGUGGGAAAACUUUCAAUGCCCUGCAACGGUUUAUGGAAGCAAAGAAAGGUAUCUACUGCAGUCCUCUGAGAUUAUUGGCAAUGGAAGUGUUUGACAAAGUAAAUGCGCUUGGGGUGUAUUGUAGCCUUCACACAGGGCAAGAAAAGAAAUUUGUCCCAUUCUCUAACCAUGCUGCUUGUACAGUGGAAAUGGUGUCAACUGAAGAAAUGUAUGAUGUUGCUGUCAUUGAUGAAAUCCAGAUGAUGGCAGAUCCAGCUAGAGGUUUUGCAUGGACGCGAGCAUUACUUGGCUUAAAGGCUGAUGAGAUACAUUUGUGUGGGGAUCCAAGUGUUCUCACUGUUGUUCGAAAUAUCUGUUCAGAAACUGGUGAUGAGUUGUAUGAGCAGCAUUAUGAAAGGUUUAAGCCAUUGGUGGUUGAAGCAAAAACGCUAUUGGGAGAUCUUAAAAAUGUCAGGUCUGGAGACUGUGUGGUUGCCUUUUCAAGAAGAGAGGUAUUUGAGGUCAAAAUGGCAAUUGAAAAGCACACCAACCACCGGUGUUGUGUUAUUUAUGGUGCCUUGCCGCCAGAAACUCGUAGACAGCAGGCAAAUUUGUUUAAUGAUCAAGAUAAUGAAUAUGAUGUUCUUGUUUCUACUGAUGCGGUGGGAAUGGGUCUGAAUCUUAAUAUUAGGAGGGUUGUAUUCUAUAGUCUGCAAAAAUACAAUGGUGACAAAUUUCUCCCAGUUCCAGCAUCUCAGGUGAAGCAGAUUGCUGGAAGAGCUGGUCGGAGAGGAAGUAUUUAUCCUGAUGGACUUGUUACCACAUUGAAUUCAGAUGAUCUGGAUUACUUGAUCGAGUGUUUAAAGCAGCCUUUUGACGAAGUAAAGAAAGUGGGUUUGUUUCCUUUCUAUGAGCAGUUUGAGCUUUUUUCAGCGCAAUUUCCUGACAUAACGUUCUCCCAGUUACUGGAAAAAUUUUCUGAAAAUUGCCGCUUGGAUGGAUCAUACUUCUUGUGCCAACAUCAUCAUAUAAGGAAGGUUGCAAAUAUGUUACAAAAGAUUCAGGCAUUAUCUCUGGAGGAUCGUUUUAACUUCUGUUUUGCCCCAGUAAAUAUCAGGGACCCAAAAGCUAUGUUCCAUCUGUUAAAGUUUGCUUCAUUAUAUAGCCAGAAUCUCCCUGUCACUAUUCCUAUGGGCAUACCAACAGCAUCUGCUCGUAGCGAUAAGGAACUCUUGGAUCUUGAGAGUAAGCAUCAAGUGUUGUCUAUGUAUCUGUGGUUGUCAAACCACUUUAAGGAAGAUACUUUUCCAUAUGUGAAGAAGGCUGAAGUAAUGGCAACAAAUAUUGCUGAACUGCUGGGUGACUCUCUAGCCAAGGCCAACUGGAAACCAGAAUCAAGGCAAGCGUCGAAACCUCGACAGAAGGAAGAUAGUUAUGAGAGGCCAUUGUCACACAUUAAACAGUAUCAGAAGAACAGGCACAACCAGUCUGUAAAUUCUGAGCACCCAAAGGAAGUUGCUGCAUAGCGCUCUUGCUGGUAAUUUUCCUAUCAGAAUUAAUAGGAAGGACCGAAGGAGACUAGAAUAUAUGUACAAUGCAUAUGGAAAACAAUUAAGGCUUUGUAACAAAGCAGAGGACACACUCUUGCUGGAAAUUUUGCUGUCAGAAUAAAUAGGAAGGAGACUAGAUAUAUGUACAACACAUUUGGAAAACAAUUAAGGCUUUGUAACAAAACAGAGGAGGCAAUUGCUUCCUUUUGGAAACACAUAACGGGGAGAUUUGCUUCCUUCAGUUGUGAAAAAAAUUGAGCUUUCAGUUUUAAA